UUGAUUUUGACUCAAUUUUAUCCGAACUGAUCGAAUGCGACACCCCUAGUCCUAGUCCAAGAAACUCUAAUAAGUAAUAAGUACUAAGAAUGCGUGGAUAAACAGAUAAGUCAGUUGGACUAGGACUACCCCUAGGGUCUACUAGUUCUUGUGUGAUGUACAGAUUGAAUUUUGGAACCCCAUAAUUAUCAAAAAAAAUUAUGUUGUUUGGAUGGGUUAAUUGUUGAUGUGAUAUUUGCGGAGUCAAAUAAUUCAUUUAGUGUUCAAGUGUUCUUUCAGUGGUAAUUUAAAUAAAGUAUCUCGUUUGAUUGAACCAAGCAAAUGUGGUAUUUGACAUAUGGUAAUUGAUAAAAGCAGAGUGGUAAAACGAAUUAUUUCAAAAUAACAUAUAGAUUAACUCAUUUCAGUAAAACGCUUCCAAAUAAGUAAAUAAUUCCUACAAAUACUCCAUCCAAACCCCCCAAAAUUUUGGAACCCGAAGUAUAGCAACAAGCCCAAGGUAACAUUGCCUAAUGGUGAAACCACUGGAUCAAUUGAGCUCUGGAUGCGGGAGGUCCUGAGUUUGAUUCCCGAUGGCGCCACUUGAGCGUUCCCGGCGGCACCCUUGGUAUCGCAGGUGAAGCUUCUCCAAUGUUGGUAGCAGAAAGCCCCGAUUAGUAUGCAUGUAUCCCAGUAGUUUAGUAGGUUCCGUUGUCGCUCAAACCGCACGUAAGACUGAGGUUUACUAGGUUAUAAAUGAAAAAUAAAAAAAAAGUACAGCAACAAGACUGAGAAAAUGGGCACUCUUGUAGACGUGCAUGAAGCCCACGUGUAACUCGGAGAUCGCCACGUGUGAAAUAAUCCAUCUCAAUUGGACACGCUCGCUAUAACAUUGCCGGUUCCUGAUCUAAGAACUGUUCUUUGUGAAUCAAGAAAAAGUAUAAAAAAAAAAAGAACGAUUUAACGCCCAGAAACCAGAAGCAACAGAAACAGAUCAGGCACAAAACAGGGGUGGAAAGAAAAUCGAAGGAUAUCAAUGGCGUCGUCGGCUCUCCGCCCAGCAUUUGCGUACACGGUGGUGUACGUCAAGGACGUAGCCAAAUCCGUAGAUUUCUACGCCAACGCUUUCGGUUACCAUGUUCGCCGCCUCGACGAUUCUCACAGAUGGGGAGAGCUGGAGAGCGGCCAGACGACAAUCGCGUUCACUCCGGUCCAGCAGCACGAGACCGACGACAGAACCGGCCAGGUCCGGACCCCAAAAUCCGGCGACGAGCGACCCUCGAUGGAGGUCUGCUUUGCCUAUGCUGAUAUCGAUGCUGCAUACAAGAGAGCGGUGGAGAACGGAGCUACGGCGAUUAGCCCGCCGGAGGACAAGGAGUGGGCGCAGAGAGUUGGUUACGUGCGUGAUAUCGACGGUAACGUGGUCAGAAUGGGGAGCUACGUCGCCAAACAGACGAAAUGAUGCUACAGUGAAAAGAACGACAAAAGUUCAGAGUUCUGCAAGUGUUCCUACUUGUGUACCUUUCUCCUGCAGAAAUUUGUCGUUAACUACAUGCGUAUUAUUAUGCUCCCAAUUCCAGUUCCUUGAAGAACUCUGUUCACUUGCACUUCUCUUCUCCUAGCAAGCCAAAAUAGCAUUAAUGGCCAGUUCAAUGAUUAGACACAUACAGAACCAAAUCAAUCAAUCUGUAUCCAAAAGGAGGCAUCGACCAUUGUUGACUUCUUUCGAGUUUGUAAAACGCCACUCUGAUCCCCAUUGCAAAAACCGAGACAUAACAAGCGAAAACAGGAACACAGAAAGAUUGAAGGGGAGCCGAGAAUCUGAGUGGAAUUCUACAAAGGAUUAACAAAAUAGACAAACCAUAUGGUCCAGUUUCCCCCCUGACCACUUAUCAAACCACCCCAGCCCCACCCAACCACCAAACCCAAAAUGAAUUAAGACUGAUUUUUUUUCUUUUUUCUUCUUCUUGGUACACAUAGCAGAGAAGCUCUUCUUCACUGGACGAAAGAUCACAAGAUUUCCUGUGACUUCCUAACGCAUCGGCUCACUUUCUUCUUGAAUUCGUCUCUCGUCUCCCUCCACUCUUUCUGCAUAAAAUGAGGUCACCAGUUCAGGAUUCACAUCUGUGCAAUCAUCCCCAAUUCUUAACAAGUAAAAGCUACAAACUGCUGCUAUCUUAGUGCUGCCACUAUAGCACUUCUAACAGCGUUAAACCAUACAGUGCAGCAAAGAAGCUAUUACACUCCGAGGGAUACCAUGUCCAGGGAUCUAGAAGCUGAUAACAUUUGCAGGCAAGAACAAACACAGACAGUAAGCACAUGUGCAUAUCCUACGCCGCCAUACGCAGAGGAACUGUGACUGACUAACGAUAUGACCAAGUAGAACUAUACAAAAGUUUCCAAGGUUGUCUAUGCAUCUUAAUAUCCAUGAUAUGAAACAUGACAUAAAAGAGAAAAACGGCACCGAAACAUAAUUAUAUAUCAUUUGCCUAAAGCGUUGUGAACUCCACAAAAAUCUCGAUUUGAAGGUAGAGCAUUCAUAUCAUAAUGUCAAGAAAUAGCAAGACAAGACAAGCUUCAUCAUGAAUAAGUAUGACUUACUGCUGCUUCAACAUUGGCAGGAGACUCAUCGUUAGGACUUGACAGCAUUGAGAUAAUACUCAACACAAUACUUUCAACCUAACAGAAAACAACAGGAAUUCAUCAGCAAUCAAGCAGCAAAAACAGAGUCGGUAAAAAAACAUGGAAGUGCCCAGACCUCAUAGGAAAAAAGGGAAAACAUCAGUCCAAAUAUAACAGUUAGAACACC